AUGACACCCUGCUUAUAUUUUCUUGGCAAAGUCAUUCUUCCACCACCAGUGGAAGCAGAGCCUCCAGCGCUCCCGGUGGAGCCCCAGCGCGGAUGGCGGCGGCCCGCGGCCCCGGGACGGUGGCUGGUGAGGCAACUGAGCCGUGGAAGCCGGGGACCCCCGGGGUUCUGCGGGACACAGCGGCAGCCAAUCCGGCGCCGCCCGCGAGGCCCCCCAGCCCGCGCUCCUCCGAGAGCCCCGAGCCCCGCCACCCGUGGAUCCCGGCGCCCGCGGAGCUGCCGCGAAGAUGGAUUUGCCAUUCGUCCCGACCACACUGGUGGGCGCCAUCGCCACGCUGGCCGCGGCCGCCCUCGUGCUGCUCCUCGUGAAAUGCCUGAGCUCCGCCAGGCGGCGCCCUGCGCCCGGGGCUCCCGCCGCGCCCGGCGCCGGCCCGGCCGCUGUCACCGCGGCCGCCCACCGCGGGACGGCCCCGCCGGGCGCGGGAGGCGCGGGAGGCGCGCGGGGACCGGCGGCGGGCCAGGCGCAGGCGGAACAGGAAGGCCGGGCGUGGUGAGUGUGAGGUGCCCGGGUCACCGCGGGGAGGGCGAGGCUGCACCCCGCCCGGGCCAGGCUCAGCAGGCGCGGGGCCCGCCGGGCACACCGGGCGACCACCGCACACACCCGGCCACGCCGGGCGACCACCGCACACACCCGGCCACGCCGGGCGACCACCGCACAGACCCGGCCACACCCCUCCCCUCACAGACCCGGGCACACCCGUCACCGCACAGACCCGGCCACACCCGUCACCGCACAGACCCGGCCACACCCCUCCCCUCACAGACCCGGCCACACCCGUCACCGCACAGAGCCCGGCGCGGCGGCGGCAGGACGCGCCAUCCGCGGAGCGCGCCGCGCCGCACGGGCCCCGUGGGGCGGCGAGGCCGGCGGGUGUGCGCGGACUGCGGGCGGCUCGCGGUGGCCGAGAGGCGGCGCCGGGUGGCCAGCGCGAAGGCUCGGGGCGGGCGCCGGCCGCGCCCGGACGCGGGGCCGCGCGGUGACAGGCGCGUCUCUGGUUGCCGAGCGACCGAGGAGCCGGCCGCAGACGCGCCCCGCAGCGCGCGCCGGGCCGCGGGCCUCCCAGCCCCGCCGCCUCGCCGCCCGCCUCCUCCCCGCGCGCUCGGCCCCGCCUUGCCUUCCCCUCCGGCCGUCCGCACCGGCAGCGCGGGCUCCGCUCUCCGGGUCUUUCUCGCGCCCGCGGCCGCCCCGGCGGCCGUUGCCCGGGCGCAGGCGGCCGCGGCCGAGGUCGCGGCCCCGCUGCCGAGGCCGAGCGCCGCUCGCGCGCCCCCGCGGCCGAGCGCGCAGGCGCAGACCCCGUAA